AUGCUGAACGUUCCUCAGAGCCGUGCACGACAAACUUGGAUUGAAGAUCAUCGAAGAAUCGUUGGAAAGAAGAAGGACUUUAAUUCUUGGUCCGAAUGCAUCGCACAUAGAGCGAUCAUCUUCACGAGCAUAUGUAGGACGUUGGAUGAAGCUUAUUCUCAAGAACAGGCUGCAUCCCUUCAUGGGUUUAGCUCGGACCACAUUCAGACCUUAUCGAGGGUUUUAGAGGUUUGCCGAGAAUGCCGCCUGUCCCUUGUUCUGACCAUUGUCGGCUAUGAAACUUUCGAGAGCGUAGGAACAAAAGCAAUACUGUCAACGCUGUUGGACCAAGGCGUGAAAGCGUCUUAUGUGAAGACAUUAGCCAACUACUAUGAUCGAUGCACCACUGGAAUACGGCUUUUCCACCGUCUCUCACCAUACUUAUUGGGGAUGAGUAUGACAGGGAAAUACUAUAUCGCUAAAGCUGUUCACUGCUGCAUUGCAAUGAAUAAUGAAAUAAAUCACUUUCUUGGAGAGAAAGAAGCAUGUGUUGAUGGAAGAUUCCUCUUGAACCUUCGUUUUACUGACGACAUCGUUCUCUUUUCGCCAAGUACCAAUGAAGCAGAAAAGAUGCUCAAGCGACUGUACGAAGAGGAGAGGAUAGUAGGACUGCAAAUAAACAAAAAGAAGACACAGUUCAUCAAAAACGCCUACUGCGAGGACGGAGGAGUACAACUUGAAGGCUCCCAAAUCUUGGGAACUUCGUCAUACGUAUACCUCGGCCGUGCUAUGAAUAAGGAAAAAACUUGA